AUGGAGCUGAUAGUGCUGAGCUCACCCCGAUCCCAGAGUGAGAAGGUGACCAACCAGGUCCCAGGGCUGCUGGACCGGUGUCUCACUCGCCUGCUCUCAGGCCUCCUCAUCAGCAGUGGUGUUUUCUUGCAGGUCACCAGCCAGAGGGCAGGAUGGAGAAUGCUCAUCUUCCUCCUGAUGUGCCUGCUGCCGGCCGCCAGCGCACUGACGGGCCCACGGCUGGUGUCCGGGGAGCCCGGGGGAGCUGUGACCAUCCGGUGCUGGUACCCCCGCUUGGCCAUCAACAGCCACCAGAGGAAGUACUGGUGCCGCCUUAGGCCCUCAACGGGGGUCUGCCGCACCAUCGUGUCCACCAACCACUACACGCACCUGCGCUACCGCGGCCGCGUGGCCCUCGCAGACUUCCCGAAAAGAGGCUUGUUCGUGGUGAGGCUGUCCCAGCUGACCCCGGAGGAUGAGGGGCGCUACCGCUGCGGCCUCGGGAGCUCAAACAACGCGCUUUUCUUCAGCAUGAACCUGACGGUCUCUCCAGGUCUUUCCAGAACCAUCCCCACAGCCACUCUGGCCUAUGGUGAGCUCAUCACAGGAUCCUUUGAAAUAGCAUCACCCCCAGCAGCCAAAAGAUGCACACGAGGAAACACCCAGACGACAGGAAGACAGAGGACAGGAUGGGAUACGGUUGCCCUGACUCCAGGAGCCAGGAAAACCACGGCUUCAGCCACGGGAGGGCAAACCCCAGGAGCAGCUGCGGUACUGGCUCCAGGGACAGGCAGCCAGGCAGAGGGCUCCGUCUGGGCAACUGUGCCCACCGUGCAGAGUCCAGCUUCAACAGUCAGAGGCACGACCGGCGCUACAGAACGGGGUCUGGGGUGGAGCACCAGCAAUUCAGAAGCAACCAGGGCCACGGCCAGCAAAAGAGAGAGGGAAACUACUCCUGGGGCUGACAGGCCAAGCGAGGAGACAGAGAGCAUCAGCACAACCCCGGGCACCACUGAGACAGCGGCAGGGAGCGUUAGGCCAUCAACCCUGGCCUCAGAAAGAUGGAUGUGGGAACCCCUCCAAGAGGAGACAUCGGCUUCUGAGCCACAGAGCCUGGGCUCCGUUGAAGGGACCAUCCCGGCUGCAGCUGUGUGGACCUCAGAGCCAACCCGCAUAGAGAUGGCAUCUGUGGAGGGAAGCGGUGACGGCGACCUGGGCACCCCUGCCAGAGACGGUGGUCCACACGUGAUGCCAAGCCAGGCCCUGGCAGCGGGGCCCCUCGGGCCCCUGGCCAGGGAGUCUUCCGUAAAGAGCACUUCUCUGGAAGAGAGGAACUUCUGCGGGGUCCUGACUCCAGUCUCGUCGGUGCUGUGCCCGCUUAUGCUGGUGACCCUUGUCCUGUGGAAAAGGAAGCUCCAGAGGAAAAAGAGCUCUCAGAAGACAGGAAGGUCAUCAGGGGUCACCUUGAUUCAGAUGACACAGCCCCCGGAGCUGGGCCUCCAGCCAGGCCAGCCACCCCAGGUGGGAAGGAAGAGGCUCCAGGUUGACCCUCCUCCUCUCCACAUCAGCCUGAGUCUCCCAGCAAGAGACCCAGGACUCCAAGGAAUGGAAGGAUAAGCCACUCGGUCACUGUGGAAGCGGAACCAGGACUGAAUACCAUAGCCCAGCUUCUUCUCUUCCUUCCUCCACGUGAACGAGCUGGGGCAGAGGGAGCUGGGGGAAUGGGACUCCGUCUAGGGAGACAAAGGCUGGGCCAAGGAAGGUGGAGCAUUUUCCACGGCCAUAAGUGACACCGUGACUCAAAGAAGGCUGCAAGACAGAAUCAGUUCACUACUGGCUGAGGUCAGUGGACCCGGAUAAGGCAUGAAAUUUCCAUUCCUGGAGGUCUGAAAAUAUGAGAGGCUUCCAAUCAGAGUGCAAUGUUAACAAAAUUUCAACCGUCACUCCUAGCCCUUGUAGGCGCCCCCUUUUCUGAUGUCUGUCAGCACCCAGCCUACUGCACAGGUUUGACUCAUUCCCAGUAGGUUCUAAGCUCUAGGGGCAGUGAUUGCGUGUUGCCCUUCUUACUACAUCCUUGAAGAACUUCAGCUCAGCAGAGCCCCCAAUAAAUAACUGUACUGAAUGGCUGAGUGGAGGGGUGUGGUCUCUGUGGCCUCUGGUGACCCUGCC